AAGGAAACUGAAUCGUCUAUACAAUAUCUUAUGUUAACGAUGUAGUAUCAAUACAUUACCAAAAUGUCUGUAGUGUAUAUUCUUUGUAUCGUAUCACAUUUCGACUCUACACAGAGUGGACUCUCCCCCUCUCUACCCUAAAACACACUCACCCACUUCCUCCUCCAUAAACCUCUCUCUCUCUCUCUCUCUCUCUCUCUCUCUCUCUCUCCAUGAAAAUCGCAGCUCUUCGAUAUAUCAACUCCUCACAAAUCUCCUUUCUUGAUCACUUUUGGGUUUUGUCCGAACGUCUCUGAAACUCUUUACACCACAAUAAACGAUAAAAAGAGAACACAGAACAAAAGAUCAAAACCCAACCCAUGGCUGAGACUGAGAAUCUCACUUGUGGAGAAACCAGCGAUUCAUGGAUCACUGACAACGACGAUGAAACCAUCCCUGGCGGCGGAUUUACGAACGAUAACCAUCAACUUUUUAGUAAAGACGAUAACUUUAACGGCCACGGAUCAAUUCCGAUGAUGGGUUCUCCGUCGUCGUCGUCAUCGCCGAGAGAAGAGAGAAUCAGAGAGAUGUUGGAGCGAGAGGUUGAGUUUUCUCCAGGAGAUGAUUAUCUCAAGAGGCUGCGUUCUGGUGAUUGGGAGUUGCGUGUUAGAAACCAAGCUCUUGAUUGGAUUUUAAAGGCUUGUGCUCAUUACAAUUUUGGUACGCUGUGCAUAUGUCUUUCCAUGAACUACUUGGAUCGGUUCUUAGCAUCUUAUGACUUGCCAAAAGACAAGACUUGGGCUGUUCAGUUACUCGCUGUCUCUUGCUUAUCAUUAGCAGCCAAAAUGGAAGAAUCAGAUGUGCCUCAAACUGUUGAUUUACAGGUGGGAGAUCCCAAGUUUGUUUUUGAGGCCAAGACGAUUAAAAGGAUGGAACUUUUGGUACUCAACACUUUGAAUUGGAGAUUGCAAGCUCUAACUCCCUUCUCCUUCAUUGAUUAUUUCAUUUACAAGACCAACGGUCACGUGUCAGAGAAUCUGAUCUAUAGAUCGUCACAGUUCAUCUUGAACACCACUAAAGCAAUUGAAUUCUUGGACUUCAGGCCUUCUGAGAUAGCAGCAGCUGCUGCAUUGUCUGCUUCUAUUUCAGGAGAAAUAAAGUGCAUUGAUGACGAUAAGACGUUGUCUGAUCUCACAUAUGUAAAACAGCAGGAGAGUGUGAAGGGAUGUUUGAGUCUGAUGAGGAGCCUCACAGGGGACAAUGUGCCCGGAGCUGCUAAUUUAUCGCCACAGAAGCCAAGGUUAGCGGCAAGAGUUGUGCCAGUGAGUCCAAUUGGAGUGUUGGAAGCAACAUGUUUGAGCUAUAAGAGUGAUGAGAGAACAUUCGAGUCAUGUACUAAUUCCUCACAGAGUAGUCCAGACAGCAACAAGAGGAGGAGAAAACAAUAAGGGAGGAUUAAAGUUAUACAAUUGCUUUUCAACACCAAACAAUAAGGGUCAUGACAUUUGAGGUUCUUUUCAUUUUUGGUUUAUCCCUUCUUUCACAUAAAUUUCUUUUUAUUUCUCUCUUUAAUUUCUCAUCUUCAAUCAAAAAAUUGGAUUGGAAAUCAGUGUUUUGUGAGAGAGAGAGAAAAGAAAAAUAAAGAGGGAUUUUAAGGCGGCAAUCAAUAAAAUCAUUAUUAAGGAUGA